CCUCCCUCGAGCGGAGCCUCAGCGCCCGGCGCGUCCAGCCCUCCGCCCCUUUCGUCCACACCCCACCCGGCCGCGCCAGUGGGCUCUCAGUAGCGCCGCCCCAGGCUCAGCGGCGCAUCCCGGGGCGCGGCGCCCAUCGGCACCCAUGGCGCGGCGGGCGCGCUGAGGGCUCGGCUCCGAGGGGGCCGGGGGCCCGGGCACCCUGGAGUGAGAGGGGCCGGGAAGGGGCUCUGGAGCCUGGGCCGAGGCUGGGGAGGCGACACCGGAGAGGACGAGCCGCGGCCAGGAGCUGAUCUUUCGAAGAUGGUUUGGCUGCCUUGGAGUUUUGGAGAUCUGAUGCCACGAUGAGGACUCACACACGGGGGGCCCCCAGUGUGUUUUUCAUAUAUUUGCUUUGCUGUGUGUCGGCCUACAUCUCCGACAAGAACCCAGAAGUCAUGAUUCCCUUCACCAAUGCCAACUACGACAGCCACCCAAUGCUAUACUUCUCCAAGACAGAGGUGGCAGAGCUUCAGCUCAGAGCUGCCAGCUCACACGAGCACAUUGCAGCCCGGCUCACCGAGGCUGUGCACACCAUGCUGUCCAGCCCCUUGGAGUACCUCCCUCCCUGGGAUCCCAAGGACUACAGCGCCCGCUGGAAUGAAAUUUAUGGAAACAACUUGGGUGCCUUGGCAAUGUUCUGUGUACUGUAUCCUGAGAACAUUGAAGCCCGAGACAUGGCCAAAGACUACAUGGAGAGGAUGGCAGCGCAGCCUAGUUGGUUGGUGAAAGAUGCUCCUUGGGAUGAAGUCCCGCUGGCUCACUCCCUGGUUGGCUUUGCCACUGCUUAUGACUUCUUGUACAACUACCUGAGCAAGACACAACAGGAGAAGUUUCUUGAAGUGAUUGCCAAUGCCUCGGGGUAUAUGUAUGAAACGUCCUACAGGAGAGGAUGGGGAUUUCAAUACCUGCACAACCAUCAGCCCACCAACUGCAUGGCUUUGCUCACGGGAAGCAUCGUGCUGAUGAAUCAAGGGUAUCUUCAGGAAGCCUACUUAUGGACCAAACAAGUUCUCACCAUCAUGGAGAAAUCUCUGGUCUUGCUCCGAGAGGUGACGGACGGCUCCCUGUAUGAAGGAGUUGCAUAUGGCAGCUACACCACUAGAUCACUCUUCCAGUAUAUGUUUCUCGUGCAGAGGCACUUUGACAUCAACCACUUUGGCCAUCCGUGGCUUAAACAGCACUUUGCAUUUAUGUACAGAACCAUCCUGCCAGGGUUUCAAAGGACUGUGGCUAUUGCAGACUCAAAUUACAACUGGUUUUAUGGUCCAGAAAGCCAAUUAGUGUUCCUGGAUAAAUUUGUCAUGCGUAACGGCAGUGGCAACUGGCUGGCUGACCAAAUCAGAAGGAACCGUGUGGUGGAAGGUCCAGGAACACCGUCCAAAGGGCAGCGCUGGUGCACUCUGCACACGGAAUUUCUCUGGUAUGAUGCCAGCUUGAAAUCGGUUCCUCCUCCAGAUUUUGGCAUCCCUACACUGCAUUAUUUUGAAGACUGGGGUGUCGUAACUUACGGAAGUGCGCUGCCUGCAGAAAUCAAUAGAUCUUUCCUUUCCUUCAAGUCAGGAAAACUUGGGGGACGUGCAAUAUAUGACAUUGUCCACAGAAACAAGUACAAAGAUUGGAUCAGAGGAUGGAGAAAUUUUAAUGCAGGGCAUGAACAUCCUGAUCAAAACUCAUUUACUUUUGCUCCCAAUGGUGUGCCUUUUAUUACUGAGGCCCUCUAUGGGCCCAAGUACACUUUCUUCAACAAUGUUUUGAUGUUUUCCCCAGCUGUGUCCAAGAGCUGCUUUUCUCCCUGGGAGGGUCAGGUCACAGAAGACUGCUCAUCAAAAUGGUCUAAAUACAAGCAUGACCUGGCAGCCAGCUGUCAGGGGAAAGUGGUUGCAGCAGUGGAGAAAAAUGGGGUGGUUUUCAUCCGAGGAGAAGGUGUGGGUGCUUAUAACCCCCAGCUGAAUCUUAGGAAAGUUCAGAGGAAUCUGAUUCUCCUACAUCCACAGCUUCUUCUCCUUGUGGACCAAAUACAUCUGGGAGAGAAGAGCACCCUCGAAACAGCAGCAAGCUUCUUCCACAACGUGGAUGUUCCUUUUGAGGAGACAGUGGUAGAUGGUGUCCAUGGGGCUUUCAUCAGGCAGCGAGAUGGGCUCUACAAAAUGUACUGGAUGGAUGAUACUGGCUACAGCGAGAAAGCAACCUUUGCCUCAGUGACAUACCCUCGGGGCUAUCCCUACAAUGGGACAAACUAUGUGAAUGUCACCAUGCACCUCCGAAGUCCCAUCACCAGGGCAGCUUACCUCUUCAUAGGGCCAUCCGUUGAUGUGCAGAGCUUCAGCAUCCACGGAGACUCCCAGCAACUGGAUGUGUUCGUAGCCACCAGUGAACAUGCCUAUGCAACAUACCUGUGGACAGGGGAGGCCACAGGACAGUCUGCCUUUGCACAGGUCAUUGCAGAUCGCCAGAAAAUUCUGUUUGACCGGAAUUCAGCCAUCAAGAGCACCAUUGUCCCUGAGGUGAAAGACUACGCUGCUAUUGUGGAACGGAACCUGCAGCAUUUUAAACCAGUGUUCCAGCUGCUGGAGAAACAGAUACUGUCCCGAGUCCGGAACACGGCUAGCUUUAGGAAGACUGCUGAGCGCCUGCUGAGAUUUUCCGAUAAGAGACAGACUGAGGAGGCCAUCGACAGGAUUUUUGCCAUAUCACAGCAACAGCAGCAAAGCAAGUCAAAGAAAAACCGAAGGGCAGGCAAACGCUAUAAAUUUGUGGAUGCUGUCCCUGAUAUUUUUGCACAAAUUGAGGUCAAUGAGAAAAAGAUUCGACAAAAAGCUCAGAUUUUGGCACAGAAAGAACUACCCAUAGAUGAAGAUGAAGAAAUGAAAGACCUUUUAGAUUUUGCAGAUGUAACAUAUGAGAAGCAUAAAAACGGGGCAUUAAUGAAAGGCCGGUUUGGACAGGCACGGGUGGUGACAGCUACUCACAGCAGAGCCCCAUCACUCUCUGCUUCAUACACCAGACUGUUCCUGAUUCUGAACAUUGCUAUUUUCUUUGUCAUGUUGGCAAUGCAGCUGACUUAUUUUCAGAGGGCCCAGAGCCUACAUGGCCAAAGAUGUCUUUAUGCAGUCCUCCUAAUAGAUAGCUGUAUUUUAUUGUGGUUGUACUCUUCUUGUUCCCAAUCACAGUGUUAGCACUGAAGCUAUAAAUUGCUUGAUCAUUUUGUGAUCACAAGAGUCUAUGCAAAAAAAAAAAAAAAAAAAUCGAUGCCCCAGUAAUUGGAUUUGUUACUCAGAUUCAUUUUAACAAAUUAAGGGAAGGUAUAUUCACACAAGAAAGCAGGGAUAUGGGAGAAAUCAGAGUUGGAGCGGGCAAAGAAUUUAUCACAGGAAUAAGAGUAAUUUGGUUGUCCCAUGGUGUUUCUGGAAGUGUUUGGCUUUGCUAAUUUAGCAAUCCAUAAAAUACUACUCCUAGAAAAAACAAUAAGUCUGGUUUUGUUUAAGUAAUAGUUUUUCUUAGAAACAAAACAAUUUAGGUAGAAUUGGAUUUUAUUAAUAUUAAUUUAAUGCAAUUACCUAUUUCCAGAUACUAUAGUAUGGAAAAGACUAAAGAACACAAUUUUGAGAAAUAAAGAAACAAAUUUUUUAAUAGUAUAGACUUGUUGAGAAAUAAAUUGUGCUAAGUCCUGGUAUGGUGGUGUCAGCUUCCCUGGGGAAGUAGUUCUCAGGCUGUGUGCAUAACAGCAUCUGUUACUAUAGGAUCUGGAUGACUAUUCAGAUAACAUAGUAAAAGUGAUGGCAGAAGAUCAUUAAAAACUUAAACUAUAUUUCCAAUAGAAAACUUAUAUCUAUUAAUGAAUAUUUCCUUGAUGAGGCUGGUUCUGGACACAUAUUGCUUAUGGACAUUCAUUGGUUCAAUAAUUAGGACAAUUAUAGAUAAUGUAAUAUUGUAUUUUCCUUAUGUGGAAAACUGUUGUAGAUCCAGUGACUAAACUUUUCAAAAUAAAAUAUUUUAUAUCCUGAAUGUUGAUUUCAAUACCAAAGAAGAUGGGGAAUCUAAAAUUUGAAUAUGAUUUUUAUGUUUUUUAAUAGAAAACUUUCUUCAAGUUUAUUUUGCUAAAUAAACAGAUUAUAAUUGUGAUUGUUCUCUAGU